AUGUCUGGUCUGACGUCGCAGCCCUCGAUGGGAGCCGUAUGCAUGGCCCUUGAGCAAACACGAUUAGGGACGGGCAUCCGCUACGCCGACAUCCAAGCGCUAAACUUGUACUGGAGCCAGGUUUGCAUGCUCUACGGUUGCUUCGAAGCCAAUGUCCGGGCCUCGGAUUCAAGUGUCUUUGAUCACGAAAUGCCAGGAGGUCAAUAUACGAAUCUCAUGUUCCAAGCGUCACAAUUAGGCCUCGGCACACAGUGGACCCAAAUCAAGCAGAAAUACAUCGAGGCCAAUGAACUGUGUGGCAAUAUCAUCAAGGCAUGCAAUUACCUGUUUAACUCCGUUACGCCCUCAUCCAAAGUAGUUGGCGAUUUCGCGCAAUGGAUGACGUCAAACUUGUUCUCCAAACAGGAUGUUAUUCAACGUGCAGACCAGCUUGACUUCCUCUCUUCUGUUGUGGAGUUCUUCCAGGGUUAUCUUGGACAACCUGUGGGAGGUUUCCCUGAGCCACUUCGUUCGAAUAUCAUCAGAAUCAGAAACAAGCCAAGAAUCGAUGGGCGUCCUGGUGCGACUAUGCAACCCUUGGACUUCAAGAAGAUCAAGUCAGAGCUCCGCAGCAAAUUUGGCAAGCAUAUCACGGAUGCAGACGUUACCUCAUACGUCAUGUACCCCAAAGUCUUCGAAGAAUACCAGGGUUUCCUUGAGAAAUACGGAGAUCUCAGCGUUCUUCCCACGCGGUACUUCUUGGGGCGACCGGCUACUGGAGAGGAGAUGCACAUCUUGAUCGAAAAAGGAAAGACUCUGGUUAUCUGCCUGAUGGCCGUUGGGCCUGUUGUGGAAGGACGUGCCCAA